UAAUACAAAACAACUCUAUUAAAUAGUAUGUUCCUUCAACAUUAUAUUAUUUGUAUAUAAAGCAGUCCACUUUUUGAUAUUUGAGUGAGAAAAAAAUGGAGCUUAGUGAACACGAUAUUUUGGAGGAAUUAUUGGCUCCAAGAAGAGAAAAUUGGAGCAAUUUGAAUGAUUUUUUCCAAAAUGGAAAUGUAUGGACUUUUGAAUCAGCACUACCUUUUUACCAAAACCCAGAAUUUGUGGCCUUAAAUUCUUCACUUUUGGGCCUAAUCUCACCCCCUGCAACUGCUACACAAUCAACUUUUCCUAAUUUCACUUUACCAGAAUCCUAUCAAUUUCUUGAUUCUUCUUUCACUGGCCCACAACUACUUGAUGAGUACAGUGACAGAGCAAUUGUGGAAAAUCAGCAAGAAUAUGUUGGGAUUAUUCCUAGUGAUUUUCAUGGACUGCAACAAGACUUGAAUAGCUUCAGUGAUGUUAAAGUUGAAGAAGCAAAUUCAAGAUUAAUGGGUAAUGUGGGAGAAAAGAAGAAUAAAAUUAGGAAGGUUGAAGGGCAACCUUCAAAAAAUUUAAUGGCAGAGAGGAGGAGAAGAAAGAGACUCAAUGAUCGACUCUCUAUGCUUAGAUCCAUUGUUCCUAAGAUUAGUAAGAUGGACAGAACAUCUAUACUUGGGGACGCAAUUGAUUACAUGAAGGAGCUUUUAGAAAAAAUCCAUACAUUGCGUGAAGAUGAUAAUGUGAAAGACGAAAUUAAGGAUAUUAAAUUCGCAGGAAACUUGAAGGAGUUAAAACCAAAUGAAGCACUUGUUAAAAAGCCUCCUAAGUUUGAGGUUGAAAGGAGAAACGUAGACACCCGAAUCGAGAUUUGUUGCAGUGCAAAGCCAGGAUUGUUGUUGUCAACAGUGAGCACGUUAGAAGCACUUGGGCUUGAUGUACAACAAUGUGUUAUCAGCUGUUUCAGUGACUUCUCACUGCAAGCUUCUUGUUCUGAGGCGAGGGAGCAUCGAACAAUUUUGAACAGUGAAGACGUAAAACAAACCUUGUUCAAAACAGCAGGCUAUGGAGGAAGAUGUCUUUAGACGAUGAUAUAGAGAUGCACAAUAAACUCCAACAAAGGUCAAAGACAUUCUGUCUGUUGUUUAAAGAAUAUUGCAACUUUUAAUAACAUCAGUUUUCUUUCUCCAAUGUAGUUUUCUUGAUUCAUUUAUUAGUAGAUCUGCUCUGCUAUACUACUUUUCAAAUGGGGUUGAUAUAAUGUGUCUGUCAAUUGUCUCAAAAUAAUGGGUUGGAGUAUUGAUAUUCGCAGGGUAUGAAUUACUUACCAGUGUUUUUUUUGGUUUCUC